CCGCCUUCUCGUCGGCGUCCGAUCCCAAAACCCUCGCCGGCGGCAUGGGCGACAUCGUCCGGCAAAUCCUGGGGUGGUUCCCCGGCCAUCCCGCCUCCGGAAACGGCGCCACGCUUUCCGCCGCCGAGGGCUACGGCAGCGAGGACCGCGUCAGCGCGCUCCCCGACGACCUUCUCCGCAACAUCGUCGCCCGCCUCCCCGUCAAGGACGCGGCUCGCACCGCGGCGCUCGCCUCCCGCUGGCGGCGCGUCUGGAGCUCCACGCCGCUCGUCCUCCGCGACGCCGAUCUCCUCUUCUCCGCCGGCGAGGCCGCGGGCGUCGCGGCCGUCGGCCGCGCCCUCGCCGGUCACCCGGGCCCCUUCCGCGUCGUCCACAUCGAGCACUGCAUGUUCGCGUUCCACCGUCCCGAGCUCGCCGAGUGGGCGCGCCUCGUCGCCGCCAAGGGCGUGGAGGACCUCGUCUUCGUCAACAUUCCCGUCCACUACUUCGAUGUGCCCCUCCCCGCCGACAUCCUCCGCUGCGCCGCUCUCCGCCGCCUCUUCAUCGGCAACUGGAAUUUCCCGGCCACCUCUGGCUUCCCCCGCGGCGCCGACGUCUUCCCCCACCUCCUGGAGCUCUACAUUUGGAACACCGUCAUGAGCGCCAGGGACCUCAACCAUCUGCUCGCCUGCAGCCCAGUGCUGCAGAGCCUCGCGCUCGCCCUCAACAGCCAUCCCAACCGCGUCCGCCUCUGCAGCCAGAGCCUCCAAUGCGUGCUUCUUUUCUUGUCUAAGGCGGAGGAGGUCGCCGUGGUGGAUGCCCCACUGCUGCAGCGCCUCGUUCUGUGGAAAAUAUCAACUUCUUAUGAUACAGAUGAUGAGUUGCCAGUAAAGAUUAGGCUUGCUUGUGCACCGGAGCUACAGGUCCUGGGCUAUCUGGAGCCAAGAGCUCACCAGCUGCAGAUUGGCGAAACCAUCAUCAAGGCUGACACAAAGGUGAUUCCAAGCUCCAUGGUUCCGAGUAUCAAGGUAUUGGCCUUGAGGGUGAAUUUUUGUGUGCAAGAGGAGAUCGCUAUGCUGGUCAGCUUCCUCAGAUGCUUUCCCAAUGUUGAAACACUGCACAUCGAGUCUGAUAUAGAUGAUGAGUUCACUGGCCAGCCCCAUGCCAAGUUCUGGCAGGAGGUCUGUCCUGUUGAAUGUAUCAAUUCACACGUCAAGAAGAUUGUCUUUCAUGAUUUUCAUGGGGACAAAUGCGAGCUUGAAUUCAUCGAUUUCAUCGCCAGGACAGCACAGGAGCUUCAGGCUUUACUGCUUAUGUUGACCAGUAAAACGUAUGGUCCUGUUGUUGAUGUGGAUGAAGUGAACAGCCAAUUGGGCGUCCUGUCAUUUGCAUCUGAAGAGUGCAUAACGUCGCUGCUUGGGCCUAAAGUGCAGAUGGUUCACAUAUUCCACAGAUCAUUGGAUCUUUCUGUGGAUGACCCUUUCCUCUGAUGAACUUGAAUGCGCUAGCUGGAUAAAUAUUCCUUGAUCUUUGCCUUAUUAUGGGAAACAGUUACCCUUAUGUUGCAGUGUUGCCUAGUUAGGCACUCUCUUGUUGUUAAUGUGCUUCCUCUGAGAUAGGGCUAGUAGUUUCAAUAUUACUAAGUGGCUGUAAGCGUUUAAAUUUGUAGUACUAUGGUUUACUGCAAGGACCACUGUCCCAUAAUAUCUCUAUGGCAAUAGUACUACGUACUUACAUCUAUAUGCAGUUCAUGUGACUUUCCGUUUCUA